AUGAUGCGGAUACUCGAAGCCCAAGCGCCUGCCAGACAGAAUGCCACCGAUACGAUACAGACCCUCAGUGGGCGAUUGACUAGUGCUACUCUCCUUGAAGACCGCCGGGCGGCAAUUCUCGGCCUGCGCAGUUUUGCAAAGCUCUAUCCUGCCUCCGUGGCGUCUGGGGCCCUCCGCGACCUCAUCGCGGCAUUGCGCAAGGAUGCCGAGGACUGGGACACGAUCAAAAUAGUGUUGGAGACUUUACUGGGGUUGUUCGAGCCGGAUGAGAAAUCACCUGAGGCGUCCGAAGAUAUCACACUGUGGCUGGCCGAUGAAUUCACCCAGCGACAGGACAAUAUCACCGCUCUCUUGGACCUGCUUGAGGCGAAUGAGUUUUAUCUGCGGCUAUAUGUGCUUCAGAUCUUGUCCCACAUAUCUACGGCACGGCCGCAGCGAACACAGGAAGCGGUGUUUGCGGCUCCUCUCGGCGUGUCGCGCAUAACGAACGUGUUGGACGACCGGAGGGAGGCUGUCCGAAAUGAGGCACUGGUGUUGUUGGUUGCGCUGACUCCAACUUCCGCCGAGAUCCAGAAGGUGGUCGCGUUCGAGAACGCAUUCGACCGCAUAUUUGCGUUGAUCGACGGAGACGGUGGCCUGACCCACGGCAGCACCACCGUGCAAGAUUGCCUGUCUCUACUGGCCAACCUACUCAGCCUCAACACGUCCAACCAGUCCUACUUCCGAGAGGUGGGUGGAAUCUCGAAGAUCAAGAAGUUGCUUUCCGCAGUCGUCGAGCAAGAAGAUUCUGGCGAUGGUGUCUCGGAAUGGAUGAGACCGCAACGGGACAUGAACGUAUGGGGCUUACUAGGAGUCAUCCAACUAUUUCUUCCCCAAGGGGCACAAGGAACUCUGGUCAAUCAGCAGGCAUACUGGCAGGCUGCUACAGUGGACAUCAUACUACAUAUCGCGUUCCAUCCCGCCUUUAGCACGAGCGUACGCACCAAAUCACUUCAGACAUGUGGGGACAUUAUUCGAGCGAAUAAUGCUCUUCAAGAACGGUUCGGGGACCUUGGAGUGAUGAUUAGGGAGCCCAGCAGCCCGGCAACCAAUGGGCAUUCCGAUCGUGCAUCCCCCGAAAAACAACAUAAGCCCGAGAAGGCGGCUUUUCGUACUCAGAACGUGAUCGAGUCGCUCCUGGAAUUGGCGUUGGAGCCCGCCCCACUGGCAAUGUUUGACGUUCGGCUGGCAUCGUCUUCAUGCCUCGAAGCAUUUAUGCAUGGUCACCCGGGCAUACGGACGCAUGUACUACGAAGAGCGAUUGACGGACACAAAGCGGGUGACGAUGCCAUUCCUAACAUGCUCACCGUUCUCCUAGAGCCGCCAGGGUCUCGAAAUAAGUCGGAUCCCUACCAACCUUGGUUUGCCGCAGUGCUCCUGCUACACCUGCUUUACGAAAAUCCGGAUACCAAAGGCUUGGCUUUGAAAGUAACGGAAGGCGAUGCAGAGAGUGGCGAGGAAGUUGUUACAUUCCUCCAGAGCAUAACCAGUAACGUGGUGGCUGGCGUGCAGCAUGUUGAGGACGAGCGCGCGUUACUGGGCUGUUGUAUGCUAUUGACCAUUUGGUUAUUCGAGGACCCGGAUGCGGUCAAUGACCUUCUCAGCGAAGGGAGUACCGUGCAAGGGCUCAUUGCUGCAGUCAAGGUUACGAAAAGCUCAAUGCCGCUUGUGGCUGGUUUGUGUGCAUUUGUCCUUGGCAUCAUCUACGAGUUCUCUACCAAAGAUUCACCCAUCCCCCGAAGCACUCUACAUGGCCUCCUGAUUAGCAAUCUCGGGAGGGAAGCAUAUGUGGACAGACUGACCAAGCUUCGAGAGAGUGUUUUUGUCCGCGAUUUCGAGGUUCUGCCCCAAACCGGCAAUGGCGGCCUCCCAGAAGUGUUCUUCGACAAAACUUUUAUCGACUUUUUCAAGGACAACUACAGCAGAUUUCUACGAGCCAUCGACCGGGACCCCAACUUCGAGGUCUCGAUAUUGAGCAAUGGUGUGCAGAAGGGCGUCUCAAGGGAUCUCGUUGAUAGUCUCCGAGCCCAGACCGAAGAACAGAAACAAGCCUUGGAAGUGGUCAACCGCGAGCUCCUGCAGCUCAAACGCCGGCUGGAACAGGAGGAGCUCGAUCAUCGUCGUACACGCGAGUCUGCGGCUGUGGAGCUCUCCCGCAUCAAGCAGAUCAACCAGAGCUUGCAGGAUAGUCAUGAGGACGAGGUCAACAAAUUGCAGCAGGCGGCUGCGCGGGAGAGAAGCGCACUCAUUCGGGCUCAUGAAGAUGAGAGCAACCGGCGGCGCCACGACCAUCUUGCCGCCGUUGAAACAGCAAGGAAGCAGCACGAGGUGGAGGUGCAGCGAUUCGAGCAGCGCCUCAAACUGAUCGAGCAGGAAUCCGCCCGGGAGCGAGCUGCCCUCAACGAACAACACCGACGUGCCUUGGAUGAGGCCGCUGCCCACGCCCAAAAGGCGCGUGACAGGGAAGCGGCAGAAAUUGCAGAUUUACAGCACCGAAUCACAGAACUGGAAGCAUCUUUGAAGAAAGCCGACGCCAACCAUGUGCAGGACCUUGAAACCGCGCAUGAAGAGUACAAAGCCAAAACCGAUUCAUUGGAAGCGCGGUUGAAACGUGCAGACGCUCGGGUUGCAGACGCAGAGAACCGGGCCAGGCAGCUGGGCGAAGAGCUGGAACAAGAGAAGAUCCGGCGAAAGGAUGUGCAGACGGAACUUGACGACCUGCUGGUUGUGUUCGCAGAUCUCGAAGCCAAGAGAUCUGCGGACAAGAAGAAGCUUAAGGAUCUUGGCCAGGAGGUAUCAGAGGACGAAGACGAGGAGGGCGACGAAGCCAAAGGCGAUGAGGAAGAAGACGAUGACGACGACGAGGAGGAAGAUGAGGAGGUCGACUGA